AUGUCCCAUUUGCAGUACUUCUCUUACCCCGACCAAGGAGCUGUCAUUGCUGACAACGCACACUACAGCCAGGCUGUCCGAGUGAAUGGCCGCAUCGAGUGUGCCGGCCAAGGAGGUUGGGAUCCUAAGACUGGAGAGAUCUCCGAGAAUAUCCACGCCGAGAUUGAUCAAGCAUUCGCGAAUGUCGACAUCAAUCUAAAGCAUGCCGGCGGAAAGGGGUGGUCGCAGGCUUUCCGAGUCACCGCGUACUCGACGGACCUGAACGAGAAGGUGUUUUUGAGAUUAAAGGAAAACUUGGAGAAAUGGUGUCCUGACCACAAACCGAUUCUCACGGGAUUCGGCGUCAGUCAGCUUGGGUUGCUUGGUAUGCGGAUUGAAAUUGAAGUGGUGGCUCACGAUGGGAAGUAGUGCAAGUCGACCACUUGAGCCCACAAAUGACUUUAACCACUUCUCUCGCGCUAUUUACCUAGUAUCAAAUCUUGCAAUUUAAUCCGCAUAGCUAGAGGCAAAUGAAAACUGCAGUUGAAUAAUGAGUGGUUUCUUUCAAUUAUACUGUGUCUUACAUGUUGCAACUUAGGCCAUUGUAGGUAUCCUGUAAGUGAUGUUGCUCGGUGAGGAUGAGGGCUGUCCCAACACCUAUCGCUCUGAUAAGCUGGAAAAGCAGAUUGGGAUAUAGCAAGUAUUUAAGCAGAUCUUCGCAUACUGUUUACCUGAGUUUGAGAGGAUGCUUGAGUAUAUCUGUUGGAGCAC